UCUCGCAACACUUGCAGACCGAUUAUAUCUCUUUAAUUGGUCUAAUUUGGUGAACCUGAACCUUGAUCGAUCUUCUUCUUCGAUAUUCUCUUUAAACCCCACGGAAGUAUUACUUCGAUCAUAUCUGGUCGCAACAAGCUAGCAACAAUGAGCUCCGAAAAUAGUACUACAAAUGGAAGUGCGAACUGCUUGGGAUGGGCUGCAAGGGACGCUUCCGGAGUCCUAUCGCCUUACAAGUUUAACCGAAGGGAUGUCCAAGACGAUGACGUUUCCAUAAAGAUCACACACUGUGGAGUUUGUUAUGCUGAGGUUGUUUGGCCAAGGAACAAACAUGGAGAUGCAACCUAUCCUAUGGUUCCUGGACAUGAGAUUGCUGGCAUUGUUCAAGAGGUUGGUCCAAAUGUUCGUCGAUUUAAAGUUGGCGACCAUGUUGGAGUUGGAACUUAUACCAACUCAUGUAGAGAGUGUGAGUAUUGUAACGAUGGCCUUGAAGUUUACUGUGACAAAGGAGCAGUUUACACUUAUAACCGUUUUGAUUACGAUGGAACAAUUACGCAGGGAGGAUUCUCCAGUUUCACUGUUGUACAUGAAAGGUACUGCUUCAAAAUAUCAGAAGAGUAUCCAUUGGCUUCAGCAGCACCACUGCUUUGUGCUGGCAUUACUGUUUACUCUCCCAUGAUGGACCAUAAGAUGAACAAACCUGGUAAAUCCCUAGGGGUCAUUGGCCUAGGCGGUCUUGGUCACAUGGCUGUGAAAUUCGGCAAGGCCUUCGGACUGAAGGUAACCGUUUUUAGCACAAGUAUGUCGAAGAAAGAUGAAGCUCUGACUCUGCUUGGGGCAGACAAUUUCGUAGUCUCAUCCGACCAAGACCAGAUGAGGGCAUUGGCUAAGUCACUUGACUUCAUUAUUGACACAGCAUCUGGGAAUCACCCGAUUGAAUUGUAUAUGUCACUACUGAAGACUGCUGGUGUUCUAGUCCUUGUGGGUGUCCCAAGUGAAAUUAAAUUGCAACCUUUCAACCUUAUUACAGGUAAGAGAUCAAUUACCGGUAGCGCAGCAGGUGGUACAAAACAAAUUCAAGAAAUGGUAGAUUUUUGUGCUGCUCACAAGAUAUAUCCAAACAUAGAAGUCAUUCCAAUUCAGUAUGUGAAUGAAGCUAUUGAGAGACUCAUAAAGAAGGAUGUCAAGUACCGGUUUGUGGUAGAUAUUGAAAACUCCCUAAAAUGAAGAUGGUAAUUGGACUAGUUAUUGCAAGUUUGCAACAACUCAGAUCAGGCUUAAGUAUCAGAUCUUCCAGUUUUAUGUAAUAGGGUUGUGGUGAUCUUUAGUUUUUCUUUCCUUCUGCUAUGAAUUGAAUAAGGAAGUGGUUGUCUUGCUCGUAUGAGAGGUAUGACUUUGAGGGAUUAAAUCAAAAUGAAUGAAUGAGUUAUAUG